AUGUCAAUCUUUUCAAACAUCUCCUCACUUGGCCUCGAGGCAUGCUAUCGGCAUCAUGUCUGCACUACUCCCAAUGCUACUGCGGUAGUGGACGGUGACCAAUCCAUGACAUAUCGAGAGCUAGACACGCGUGUGAAUCAUCUGGCCUCGAUUCUAGCUUCGGAGUGCAUUCAAAAAGAGGAGCCAGUUGGCAUUCUAGUGCCUAUGGGAAUUGCACAUGUAGUAGCUCAGGCUGCUGUGCUGCGUUUGGGAGGAUCUUGUGUGCCGAUGGAUUUGUCAUUUCCUGACCAGCGCAUCAAUGACCUUCUGCGUGCCUUGAAAACGCGUAUUGUCCUCACUGUCGUGAGCGAAAAGGGUCGCUUCCCGGAAUUCAAGCCCAUACUCGUGGAGUCCAGGUACUCCAACGUGCACCAGAAUGGAUAUCAUGAAGAUCCGGUUCUCGCUGUUGAGACUGGGCGCGAUCAUCGGACCCACAUCCUACACACCUCAGGGACAACAGGUCUGCCCAAACCUGUGGAGAUCAUGUCCAAGGGAAUCACCCGGAUGGCCUUCAACACGCAAUGUGUUGAGUUCAAGAGUACGGAUCGAGUGGCUCAGAUUUCGGCGCCCAGCUUUGACGCCGCUCUGUUUGAGAUCUGGACUACUCUGGCUAGAGGAGCCACCAUUGUUCUGCUUCCAAAGAACGUCGUUAUUGAUCCUGUUGCACUUCAUGACAGCCUGCGCAAGUACCGCAUCACUUCGAUCCUGGUCACGACUGCUUUGUUGAACCAUGUCGUGUCGGCCAUCCCCAAUGCGUUCGAGGACCUCGACUAUGUACUCACUGGUGGCGAGGCGGCGAAUCCCAGUGUGAUGCAGGUGAUAUUGGAGAAUGGACCACCGAAGAAGCUUAUUCAUGCGUACGGACCAACCGAAUGUACGAUUAUCACAACGUACCAUCUCACAACCUUGGAAGAAGUCCGCCGGGGACAGACUCCUAUCGGGAGACCAUUGGAUUGCACCAACGUCUAUAUCCUGGAUGAUGGUCUGCAGCCCGUCAAAAACGGCAGUGUUGGCGAACUUUAUAUCGGUGGUGACGCCGUUGCACGCGGUUAUCUGGGGCGCCCAGAAGCAAAUGCCAAGAGCUUCCUCGAAGUAUCCCAUUUAUCGAAGGAUGGGUCACCUGUUCGUGUCUACCGAUCAGGGGACCUAGUUCGCAUGCUUGACACCGGCGCCAUUGAGUUCGUGGCGCGUGCCGACAACAUGGUCAAGCUCCGUGGAUUUCGCAUCGAGCCGGCCGAGAUCGAGGGGGCACUCCUAAAGAGUGAGAUGGUCCAAGGUACCGUUGUGCUGCCCGUCCGUCGCCCGGGAAAAGAGACGUAUAUCGUGGCCUUUGUCAUUCCCAAAUAUGAUGGUGCAUUUUCUCUGGAGCAACUCGACGAGUAUCUGCGUCGGCGGCUACCUGCGUACAUGAUGCCUCGGUUGGAGGCCGUUGCCUCACUACCCUUCACUGUCCAUGGCAAGAUUGACCGUGUAGCGGUCAUGAAUAAGCAUUUGGAGGAAACGAAGAGGGCCGAACAGCAAGUUCUUGUAUCCUCUAACGUCAAGGAUACGGGAGACACUGUAACCUGGUUACGUACAUUGUGGACAUCAGUGCUCGGCAUCAGCAAUAUUGAUAACGAGUCUAAUUUCUUCCACUUGGGAGGCAGCUCACUACAGGCGGCCGCACUGCUGGUCCACAUUCGUCGGCGCUUCGGCAUGACAUUGACCAUGCAGCAACUCCAUGACUGUCCCACUCUUCUUGGCGUGGCCAGUUUGAUCGAUGCUGGCCAUGCCAAAAGCAAAGUAGACCACUCCCGGCUCGGCCUCUUCAUCGCCGACUCUCAAUUAGCCCAGGACAUCCCUGUUCUGUCCAAGGAAGCUCCAGAUUGGAGAAGUCCCUCCGAGGGUCGCGUGUUCCUGACCGGAGCAACCGGAUUUCUAGGGACGUACUUCCUACGUGAGUUGAUCGACCGCCCAGAUGUCAAAACUGUUGAGUGCCUGGUUCGUGCCUCGGACGCGCAUUCCGCCCGUGCACGGCUUCUGGGAGCUCUGGAUAAGUACGGACUGGGAUGCAACGACAAUCUAGAGAAGGUGACCGCCAUUGCAGGAGAUCUCGGUAAGGAAUUGUUCGGACUGUCCCAAGCCGAGUUUACAGAUCUAGCUCUCCGGACCAGCGUCGUGUUUCACAUCGGCGCACAUGUGAACUACGUGCAACCGUACGAGAAACAUCGUAACACUAAUGUCUAUGGAACUUUGAACUGCAUUAAGCUUGCGACGACCGGACGGACCAAGGCACUGCAUUAUACAUCGACGGCCGCCGUCACAGGCCCAGUAUCACACUUCACAGGUGCAGACCGCAUCCAGGAGGAUGUCGAUCUAGGAGAGUUCCAGGGCUGGCUGCCCUACGACAUCGGGUACACACAGAGCAAGUGGGUCUCGGAGCAAUUGAUUCACUCCAUGAUCGCAAAGGGCCUGCCGGCGAUUGUAUUCCGACCGGGCUUCAUCAUGGGUGACAGUCUUCGAGGCAAGGGUAACUGCGACGACUUCAUGUGCCGGGUGUUCAUCGGCUCUAUCAGAUUGGGAUAUAGGCCUAUUCUCCCGAACCAAAGCAAGAUCAUGAUCCCUGUUGAUUUUAUUACCACCGCCCUGCAGCAUAUCACCUCGAACCCCAAGAACUUCGGACGGACUUUCCAUCUGGUGCCACAAACACCGGAGGAGGACACGGAUAUUGAAACCUCCUGGGAAAUGCUCAAGGAGCUAGGGUAUGACCUCAAAGCGGUGGAGUACAAAGAUUGGUUAGAGAUCCUAUCAAAGGACAAGGAUCUGCUUACCAACCCAUUACUGCCUAUGCUACCAGUACUGCAGGAGCCAGUCCGGAAGCAUUUAACUCGAUGGGAGCUUUACGAGGACAUGGCCACGUACGAUGUGACAAACACCAGACAGUCGCUAGCAGAUUGUGGAAAGCUGAAGUCCGGCAUUGGCCUGGAGGACUUACGUCGACAUGUUGAGGACUGGGUCACUCGCGGACUGGUACCUUCCAGUAACUAG